ACCGCCGUCGAGAGACUAUCUCUGACGAAAAGGACUUCCCGAUUUUCGCUUGGAAUUGGUAGGAAAGCGGAGAAAAAGGCUUAAUUUUGAAUUUAUUGUUAGCGAAUUCGUUGCGAUAGGAGCAGAGUUCAAUCUAUCGCCUCUUAAUCUUCUUGAUCGUCGCACUAGCCGGAGUUGUUUUGAUUUUGCAGUUGAAAUGGCACCAGCAGCUGGAGCGAAAGCAUUGCUUAGGGGAAUUGUGAAAGCAGUUCCUUCCGGUGACUGCUUGGUCAUAAUGGCUUGUUCCAAGGCUGAAGUUCCCCCAGAAAAGACUAUUACUUUGUCGUCUCUAAUUGCUCCUAGGCUGGCACCCCGCAGAGGUGGCCAAGAUGAGCCAUUUGCAUGGGAUAGUAGGGAAUUUUUAAGGAAGCUUUGUAUUGGGAAGGAGGUCCUUUUCAGAGUGGAUUAUCUUGUACCAUCUAUAAAGAGGGAGUUUGGCUCUGUUUUCCUUGGGACUAAUAAUGUAGCUUCUCUAGUGGUUGCUGCUGGCUGGGCAAAGGUAAGAGGACAAGGUCAACAGAAGGGAGAAGCCAGCCCACACUUGGCUGAGUUGCAAAGCCUUGAAGAACAGGCCAAACAGCAAGGUCUAGGUCGUUGGAGUAGGGUGCCCGGUGCUGCUGAUUCCUCCAUCAGGCGCUUGCCUCCUUCAGCUGUUAGUGAUCCUAGUAAUCUUGAUGUUGUGGCUCUGUUAGAUUCUAAGAGAGGUAGUCCUUUGGAGGCUAUUGUCGACCAUGUUCGUGAUGGGAGCACCAUUCGUGUUUAUUUGCUCCCAGACUAUCAGUAUGUCCAAGUGUUUGUUGCAGGAAUUCAGUCUCCAUCCCCGGGUAGAAAGGCUCCACCAGAAAUUGCUGCCGUUGCAACUGAUAAACCCCAUAAGGAACAAAAUGGAGAUUCAGCAGCUAAAAGCCAGGCUCCCUUGACAUCAUCCCAGAGAGCUGCGGCUUCUUCAGUUGAAGUUCCUCCAGAUCCGUUUGGAAAAGAAGCCAAACAUUUUACCGAAGUUCGGGUGCUGCACAGAGAUGUCAGGAUUGUGUUGGAGGGUUCUGACAAAUUCAGCAAUUUGAUUGGUUCAGUUUAUUAUCCAGAUGGUGAAUCUGCGAAGGACUUAGCAUUGGAGCUUAUUGAAAAUGGUUUGGCUAAAUAUGUGCAAUGGAGUGCUAGCUUGUUGGAAGAGGAUGCUCAACGGAAGUUGAAGAAUGCCGAACUUGAAGCAAAGAAGUCGCGAUUAAGAAUUUGGACUAAUUAUGUUCCCCCAGUGACAAACUCAAAGGCCAUUCAUGAUCAGAACUUCACAGGGAAAGUUGUUGAAGUUGCUAGCGCUGACUGCAUUAUUGUUGCUGAUGAUUCAAUUUCAUUUGGUGAUCCUGCUUCCGAACGACGAGUCAACUUGUCAAGUAUAAGGGGCCCAAAAAUGGGCAAUCCUCGUAGAGACCAGAAACCUGACCCCUAUGCCCGCGAGGCUAAGGAAUUCCUGAGAACUCGAUUAAUUGGUGGCCAAGUGAAGGUUUCUAUGGAGUAUUCCAGGAAGGUUAACUUAUCAGAAGGGGCAACAGCAAAUACAAAGGUGAUGGACUUUGGAUCUGUUUUCCUCCUUAAUCCUUCGAAGGAUGAGAAUACUGCUGCGCAGGCUAGAACAAAUAUUGCUGAGCUUCUGGUUGCUCGUGGUUACGCCACUGUUGUUAGGCACCGAGAUUUUGAGGAGAGAUCAAACUAUUAUGAUGCUCUUCUAGCUGCUGAAUCACGCGCUAUUUCUGGGAAGAAGGGUAUGCAUUCUGCCAAAGAUGCUCCCAUGAGGCAUAUAACAGACUUGCUAACCGCUCCUGCAAAGAAAGCACGGGACUUCUUGCCGUCUUUGCAACGGAAUAGGAGGAUGCCUGCCAUUGUUGACUUUGUGCUUAGCGGGCAUCGAUACAAGAUGGAGAUUCCUAAGGAAACUUGCUUUGUUGCAUUUGCAUUAUCUGGUGUUCGUUGUCCUGCGCGUGGAGAACCUUAUUCUGACGAAGCCAUUGCAUUUAUGAGGCAGAGACUAAUGCAAAGGGAUGUUGAGAUUGAAGUCAAAACUGUUGAUAAAACUGGAACUUUCUUGGGAACUCUGUGGGAAUCAAGAACGAAUGCGGCAAUACCACUUCUGGAAGCUGGCCUGGCAAAGCUUCAAACUUCCUUUGGCCUUGACAGGAUUCCUGAUGCUCAUCUUCUCAUCAAAGCGGAGCAAUCUGCUAAACAGAAAAAGUUGAAGAUUUGGGAGAAGUACGAGGAAGGAGAGGAAGUUUCAAACAAUUCAACUGUUGGACGAAAGCAGAAAGAAGAGUUUAAGGCUGUUAUAACCGAAGUCUUGGGAGGCGGUAAAUUCUAUGUUCAAUCCUCUGCUGAUCAGAGAGUAGCCACUAUUCAGAAGCAGAUGGCUUCGUUGAGUCUUGGCGAAUCUCCUGUGAUCGGUGCCUUCAAUCCUAAAAAGGGCGACAUUCUUCUAGCUCAAUAUACUGCAGAUAAUUCUUGGAAUCGUGCAAUGGUUGUCCACACUCCUCGCGGUGGUACUGUGGAAUCUGCAGAAGACACGUUUGGGGUGUUUUAUAUCGAUUAUGGAAAUCAAGAGAUCGUCCCUUACGGCCGACUGCGCCCUCUCGAUCCUUCCGUCUCAUCAGGCCCUGGCCUCGCCCAGCUUUGCAGCCUGGCAUUCAUUAAAGUUCCAGGCUUGGUGGAUGAAUAUGGUCAGGAUGCUGCGUACCGAUUGAGCGAUCUCGUCUUGAGUUCUCCAAAAGAAUUUAAAGUUGUGAUCGAAGAAAAGGACACAUCAGCUGGAAAAGUUAAAGGACAAGGAACUGGCCCCAUCCUUUCGGUAACAUUGUUCGAUCUUGAGUCCGAUAUAAGCAUCAAUGCCAUUAUGCUACAGGAGGGACUUUGUAGGUUGGAGAAAAAACGGCGAUCGGAACCCAAGCAUAGGCAGGAGGCAUUUGAUGAGCUUGAAAAUUAUCAGACGGAGGCUCGAAAGAGUAGGGUCAGGAUGUGGGAGUAUGGAGACAUAGCGUCGGAUGAUGACGAGAUGGGACCUCCGGCGAGGAAAGCCGACGGAAAGCGGUAAGUCUUUGUCUUUCUUUUGAGCAGAUGUGUUGGUGCUAGUUAAGUUAAGGAAACUUGGCCUUAAGAGCCAGCCUUAAGACUAUUUUUGGUUAGCUCAAGGAGGGAACAGCUUUGGAUGAUUUUCUUGCUUUA